AUGAUGACGUGCCGUCUGCUGUGCGCCCUGUUGGUGCUCGUCCUGUGCUGCUGCCCUUCCGUGUGCGUGACAACAACUGAAGAUAUAGCUGGUAAUUCUGGAAAAGAUUCCGGUUCAACAAAUUCUGAGCCAGACGAACAAGAUCAUUUGACGGAAUCGCCCAGUACAACUUCUCCUUCGCAAAAGACAGGAGAGGGAGAGAAAGACAAUAAACAGACAGAAACUAUGGUGACUCAUACGUUAGAGACAACGAGUACAGUAACCGAAACGGCAGAGUCACAACGUAAUCUCAAUAAGAAACAGGAUCAGGAAGGGCAAUUAAGCAAGGAAGAGACUGAAAAUACGAACACUAACACGUCAAAUGAACAAAAGAAGGCCGCCGCACCAACUACGACCACGACGAACACGACGACCACGACUACCACCACUACAACCACGAGUACAGGGGCGCCAACCACGACGACCACCCGCGCACCGUCACGUCUUCGUGAAAUCGACGGCAGCCUCAGCAGCUCUGCGUGGGUGUGUGCCCCGCUGCUGCUCGCCGCAUCCGCGCUGGCGUACACCACUCUGGGCUGA